GCAUGUAUCGCUGUAGGGGUAACGGACCCAAAGAAGAUACCAGAUUCCAGAAUGACGGCAAGCACAGUUUACAGUUCGGGUUAUCACCCGUACUACGGAAGGGUGAAUACAACAAGGGGAACCCGAUGGUGUCCAAAGACCACUAGUGACAGGACAGACUAUCUUCAAGUUGAUAUGGGUGCAGUGCAUACUGUUUGUAAAGUGGCCACGCAAACGUUAAACACGCGCGAAUAUACCAAAACGUAUUACUUACGAGUUUCAGUGGAUGGAGUAACCUGGAACAAGACGUACCAGGAGAACAAAGCAGAAAAGGUAAACUAUAACUUAGUUUUACCUUCUCCUUCCCAUAAGCUUACUUAGAAAAAACCAUUCCCGGCCUUUUUUAACCUUUGAGAGGCAAGUUAGGAGAGCAAACCAUCUGGAUUUCUUACUAGGGAGCUUCGUUAACCAAGAGACCUUUCCCGUUACGUAACAUCAUUCUGUUGUCUAAGUCAGUUUGAGGCAAAACAUGAAUAGUAAUCAAAAGAGAACCGAGAAACUUGACUACUAUAGUAUCAGAGGUGUUGUUUGUAUUUACAUGGUAAUGGUGUUACCCGUGUGAAAAACCUCCAUGGAAUUCCAUGGAUUUCCAUGGAAAAUUCUCCAUGGAAUUCCAUGGAGGAUUAGGACAUCAAUUUCCAUGGAAUUCCAUGGAAAUUUCUCUAUAGAUUUCCAUGGAAAAUAUUUGCAUGGAGGAUUAGGACAUUUCCCAUGGAAUUCCAUGGAAAACAUUAGGGCACCAAUUUCCAUGGAAUUCCAUGGAAAUUUCUGCAUCGACACUUUCCAUUGAGGAUUAGGACAUUUUCUAUGGAAUUCCAUGGAAAAGUUCCAUGCAAUUCCAUAGAAACUACUCCGUCGAUUAUUCCAUGGAUCUCCAGGGAGUUUCAUAGAAUUCACAGGAAUUAAUUAGACAUUUAAAAUAUCCAGUGAAUCAAAUGGAAUACAUAACAGAUUUUGGUCCACUGCAAUUUAUUUAAUCAAUAAAGGGACCGCAUAAAUCUCUUUUUAAAGACAUCAAUCAAAACUUAACAUGCUUUUGGAGGAAAAUUUGACAUACUGUAGCUUAACAAAUUAAUGUUUACUUGUGACUAUAUACAUUGCAGUUUAGAAUGCAGCAAUCAUAUUGAAGUAGCUUAAAUGAAAAAUUUAGAUUUAAUAUAAAGCAAGGAAUCUUGGCCUGGUGUUUAAGAAAAGUAACAGGCGAACAGAUGCAUAAUUGAGAGAAAAAAAAUGAGCUAAUACUUGAAUGCAUAAACCGUAUUUAAUCCAACAAAAAAGGGAAGUGCUACUUAUUUCCUCGAUCAGAACCACUAUGGUAUUUAGUUAUAGCAAAGUCCUACCUAAUCCUUGGGAAAAAACGGCGUCAGCCACAAUUAUAAUUUAUCAGUCUCUUGCAUAGUUUUUACGUAGCAGGCAUGAAAAUUCUAAAUAUGAUAUUUCUUCUUAUGCAUCAAUGCAGUCCAUCGAAGUACAGUUUUCGAUUUCUAAUUCUGCCAGAAGUAGUAAUUAUUCCAAAGGAUUCCGAAGGCAAUUUGCAGGAAAGACCACAUUCAUAUCUGUAUAAACAAAAAAGAUGGAAACUACAUAUUAAAACCAAUAAACAGCACCCGAAAAGUCACCCUUCUAAAUCUAGCAGAGAAAUAUAAAUCGAGCGGACGAAUUCCGUUGAGCAACCAAACACGAGUUGUGUACAUAUUAAGCUUACCUUCCUCUUUAAUGUGCGAUCCAGCUGAGUCAUUGUUUAAUCGAAGUCGAUUUGAAAGAAGCCAAAUGUAAGCAACCUCACAAGUGAUAUUUUGCGUUGAAAAUAACAUCUUUUUCGGAUGCAUUCAUCGCUAAGACAAUCCGUUUUCACAACACUGUCGUACUGCACAGAAGUCCGCCUAAAGAUUCGAACCAAGAAAACUGAUCUUCUACGCAUUUCUAUUGGUUCAAAAGCUCCACGAGUCGCGUAAGUCACUAAGCGGGGAGGUCUGCACGCCACUUCAAGCACCAAACAUGGCGUCAAAUCACGGCACGAUCGUGGAGAUGUCUGUCUUUAAAGGCUUUAAAUUGUGGUCCCUUUCAGAGUUAAUUGUACUAUUCCGACGCUGUAGAAGAGUAAAGCAGUGAGAGGAAAAUAUUGCAUUGUUCUCCCAGGUGAGGGAACCUUUUAAAAAAGGCAGCAGGCCUAUUCAUAGUCUGAUCUUAGUGUCGUCACGCAACGCUCCUCCGCACUAAAAACGGCUGUGUAGCAGAUUAGCCUAUCCACGGAUGCGGCAAAAAACUCUAAUAUUGCUUGAGUAGGUUCGCCGAAAUACUCCAUACAAAGCAAUCUCAUCAAUCAGGUUGGACUCGAGUAAUAGGGAAAAUCUUAGCUCUCAACCAAAACACACUUCGAUACCGAGAAGAGUUAUGUGCCUAGUGGGAUCAUUUCCAGUACUGGCUAUUUAAGUACGGGACCCAUACAUCGUCUUGUAUUUGCUAUUCAUACGGGAUUCUGACUAAACUGAUUAGGUCUAUUUAAGCACUGACUCGAAACGGUUAGCCUCUAAUUAGGGUUACGGUUGUUGUUAUACGAAUAAAAUCAAACUCCACCUAGCAGCUAGUUACUACUCCAUGGUAGAGUGGUUAGGCUACGAAUUAUGGAUUCUACGCCCCUGGAUCGGUUCUCAAUCUUGCCACAUCGAAUUUUUCUUCUUUUCAAAAUUUAACACUGAAAUUGUUUCCUUAAAAAUGGAACAGUGGUUGAAGAGACUUACACUUUCAUGGAAAUUUGUUGAUCAGAAAUUUCAAGAGACUUAGAAAUUUCAUAUAAAUUUCAAGUAGAGACUUGAUCCCGUAUGUCAUAGCAAAUACACGUCGGUGUACGGGUCCUGUACGAAUAGCGGCACUGUGCCAUUAUGAAGCAACUGCAUGUUGUUAAUAACAGUCAUCUUCUCAUAUUUUAAAUGCAACUCUGAUUUUAAAAGAUAAAUGGCAGACAGCCCUACUAAAAAAUAAUUUUCUAUAUUUAUUUUUUUUCAACAGGAUCAUUUUUUUAUUAAGCACACAAAACAUUCCUCUUUAUAGUUAGCAAUAAAAUCUCUUACACUGGGACUUUCAGCGUCGGUGAACAAUACUUUUGCAUUGUCUGUGUAAUUUAAACUAAAUGCACUAUUUUGCUUUUAGAAAGCUUCCAAAUGUUUCCUAUUUUUCUAUCCAAUAAAAAGUGCAGACUUGAACAUGUGGUUAACAAGUUAAUGAGUUGCUUGAUUACUGAAUUUCUAUGGAUUUUCUCAUACAAACUGCAUGGUAUUCUAUCGAACUCCAUGGACACGCUAUGGCAUUCCAUGGAACUGCAUCGGUACUUCAGGGAACCCCAUGGCAUUCCAUGGAACUUCACGAUAUUCCAUGGAAUUUCAUGGCAUUCCAUGGAACUCCAUCAAUACUUCAUGGAACUCCGUGGAACUCCAUGGCAUUCCAUGGAUACUCCAUGGAACUCCAUGGCAUUCCAUGGAACUCCAUGGAUACUCCAUGGGAGUUUCGUGGAAUUCCAUGGAUUUCCAUGGAUUUCCAUGGAAUUCCAUGGAUUUCCAUAGAUUUCCAUGGAUUUCCAUGGAUUUCCAUGGCAUUCCAUGGAAUUCCAUGGAGGUAUUUCACACGCGUAUUACCACAGGACAAUGACUGAAUGUCUGGGGUAUGCCACAAGUGUCAUCUAAUUCACAGAAAAUUGCCCAUACAAGUUAAGUUAUUUAUAAAAAAAAAAAUCAGACGUUAACCCAGGAAACUUAUAAUGUAUACUAUUUCAAACUAAUGAGUAUAAAGCGCGUAAUACGUUAAUUUUCCUAAUGUGUCCUUUUCAUAUAAUAAUGAUAUUUGCAAUUGAGCGAACAGCCACUUAUAAAGUGACUUGCGCUUGUAGUUUACAUUUUAUAGUUUGAAUGCAUAGAAAGUAAGAAUCAAACUUACCUAUAAAUCCUUUGACUUGUGAUUUUGAACGGUUUUUAGUUCGGUCUGAUGAUCUGGACCCUGACAUACAUUUCAAUAUUGACGGUGGAUGUUCUUAUUAUGUAGAAGAUAAAUUUAAAUUAAGAUACCCUUCAAACUGAAACCAUGAUCAAUCGUGAACAAUCGAACCAUCUUUUGUUUUUCCAUCUUAACAUUCGAAGCGUUCAAAAUAAGGUUGAUGAAUUAUCGGCUCUUCUAUCCACUCUAAAUAUAAAAUUUUCCGUUGUUGGGAUAACAGAAACCUGGUUACAGGAUUCAUCACUAGGAGUCAACAUUGAUGGUUAUAACUUUGUUUACAAAAAUCGCUCUGCCAAAACGGGUGGAGGUGUGGGUUUGUAUGUGUCAGACAAUCUUGAUUUUAGAAUUCGCACAGAUAUUUAUGUUUAUGAAGAUGACGUGAUGGAAUCAUUGUUCAUAGAGAUCAUUCGAUCCUAUGAGAGAAACGUUAUUGUUGGUAUAAUUUAUCGCCCUCCAAAUCAAAAUGUAAUGAUUUCGUGAUUAGAAUGAACGACGUAUUAGGGAAUACAUCUCGGGACAACAAAAUGUGCUAUUUAAUGGGAGAUUUUAAUUUGAAUUUGCUGAACAAUCAAAAUCACAACGCCGCCGGGGAAUUUUUGGAUGGUUUGUAUUCUCAUCUGUUUUUUCCCUUAAUCACGCUACCUUCCCGAAUUACUUCUCACACUGCUACUCUGAUAGACAACAUUUUUUCCAAUCAUGCCGAGCAUAGUUAUUUGAGGUCUGGACUAUUAAUAACUGACAUUUCGGACCAUUUGCUAAUAUUUUCCGUUUCCCUUGAUCAUAUGCUUACCCAUCAACGCCAAGAAAGUAUAUUUGUUCGUGACAAAAGCGAGCGAAAUAUAUCCAGCUUCUUAGAGGAGUUAGAUUAUAUACUGACUGGUCUAACCUCGACGGGUAUAAUGAUCCUAAAAUCUACUAUAGUAAAUUUCUCGAGCGAUACACUAAAACUUACGAAGAACAUUUCCCUUUGAAGAAACUAAAACGCCGCCUUCAUCCGUGGGGGCCAUGGAUAUCUCAGGGCCUUCUUAAAUCUAUCAAGCAGAAAAAUAAAUUAUACAAGCGGUAUCUUUCAAAUCCUUCUCCUCAGAGGGAACUGAUAUAUAAAACAUAUACGAACAAAUUAAAUGACUCCUUACGAAUUGCGAAACGCUUAUAUUACGAUAAGAAGUUAAACAAGUCAAAAUCUAAUAUGACAGCCACCUGGCGUCUGCUUAAUGAGGUGCUAAAUAACAAGAAAUUGAGACCCAAGCCCAACUCGGUUUUCAAGGUUGAUGACCAAGAAAUUUCUGACCCAAUGGAGAUUGCAAAUCGAUUUUGUUAUUACUUCAGUAACAUUGGACCAAACCUUGCCAAACGGAUUCAAUCUGCCACUUCGCAUAAAAAUUUUCUUUUUGGCGAUUUCCCUCAGUCUAUGUUCCUAAAUUUAGCAACUCAGGAGGAGAUUGUAGAUAUUGCAUGUAAGGGCCUGUUUACAUGAGGGUGGGGGACCCCAGGUAGGUGAGGUAACAUGUGGCGGGUUACCCCACCUAACAUGUAAACGUGAUCACAUUAAAAUGAGAGAUUGUAUGGACAGGCGGGUUACCCCACCUACGCGGGUUACCUCACCUACCUGGGGUCCCCCACCAUCAUGUAAACAGGCCCUAAGUUUCCGGCGGGAAAAUCGGCAGGGUAUGACAACAUUCCCAUGUCUAUUAUAAAACGAUCUAUUGGCAGCAUUUCCUCCGGGCAUUUCCUCUCCACUAACUCACAUUAUAAAUCUCUCUAUUAUCCACGGUAUCGUUUUAGAUGAAUUGAAAAUUGCUCGUGUGGUUGCUAUUUGUAAAUCAGGUGACAAAGCUCUCUUCAGUAAUUACAGACCUAUCUCAGUUCUACCUUCCUUUUCAAAGUUUUUGGAGCGAAUCGAAUAAUUUACAACCGUAUCAUAAAUUAUCUCAAUGACUUCAAUGUACUUUGUGAUAAUCAAUAUGGCUUUAGGAAAAAUCGUUCCCCUAGCCUCGCCCUUAUCGAUUUGUGUGAUAAAAUUUCUUCUGCUUUUGAUAGAAGAGAACAAACCUAAUAAUAAUAAACCGUCAAAUCCAUAAUUAUAAUACUAGGAAUGCCCACUCAUUUCGCUUGCCACUAUGCAGAACGAACACCAGACAGUUCUCAAUUUAUUUCUAAGGUCCAAAGUUUUAUAAUUCGCUAAAUUCUACUAUAACUCGUUCGUCCUCCUCUGCUUCUUUUAAAAGAAAGCUUAAAGAAUUCCUUCUUAGUAUGUAUUAGCUUCAGCAUGUCAUUAAGUAGAUUAUUAGAUUAAUUGAUUUAACGUGUGUGUGUGUAUGUGUGUGUGUGUGAGUCCGCGGUCAAAGUUAGCCAUCAUAAGCCCAUAUUGUAAUUAUAUUAUCAAGACUAGUUUAUCCCAAGUUGAGGAGACCUGACUCAUUAUAAGCCUCGUGGUUUCUUUCAGGUCUCCUCGCCAUUUACUUUUUCUUUAAUCUCGUUGUUCCAACCUUGCAUUGUAAAAUUUUGAAAAUAUGGCAAAUAAAGAAAGAAUAAAAAAAAAUCGUUUCUAUGGCGUUAGAAAUUCACAGAUAAGGUCUGUGAUAAAACAUUCUUAAUGCAGAUUUCGUAUUUUCCUCCUGGUUUAUUUCAUAUCUUCUUCUCGUGCAUUUUCCUGUGUUGAGCCUUAAAGUUUUAUUUGACGCUUUGUUUUUACCGCGACCUUGAGUCCACUUAAAUUGGUAAAUAAUAAACUUGUUGCAAAAGAUUAAGUAGGUUUCGCCAGUCUCUUAGUGGUUACACUAUCAAUGACUUUUUUUUCACUUGCAGGUUUUCCAAGCAAGUACCGUUUUGAAAAGUGUCUUGCAACAGAAAAUUAGUCCAGUGGUGAAAGCGAGAUUUGUCAGAUUUUUUCCUAUUACAUACUAUGGUUGGCCUUGUUUAACAGUUGAAAUAUAUGUCCUCACACGUAUGUUUCUUUGGUUGUAAAUAAAACUUUUAGUUCCAAUAUUUACUUUUUGAAUUAACGCUCAAAAGUGAUUUAAACUUUUGACUCAAGUACAAUAUAAAAUUUACGUAAAUGAAUACCAUGAUCAUAAUUAAAUUGUGCGUAAAGAAAUGCAUGAAGAAUGUGGCAUUAAGAAGAAUUUAGGUUAAAUUGUUGUGAGGUAAUUAUCACAUUUGUGUUCUUAAAUCAUAUAGAAUCUUUAGGACUUUUAACAAAUUGAAAGCCAGGUUUUCAUCUCCUUGAUCAAGAAUUAGUCUUUUCUAACCUUGGUAUAUCUUCGUAACACAUUAACUGAGCUGCUGUGCUUUGAAGGCCUAAAUGUAAUAAACGGUCCUAAAUGUAAUAAAGUCCUAAAUGUAAUAACAUUUGUCCUAAAUUUAAUAACAAUUUGCCCUAAAUGUAAUAAACUUUUAAGCUGCCAAUUACAGUAAUUACUCGAAUAAGCCCCGCCCUCGAAUAAGCGCCGCAUUUAGGGGGGUGGGGGAGUUAAUUAACACCGCGGCGCUUAUUCGAGUAAAUACGGUACUAAGCGGUAUUGCUAUGGUAUUCAGCUCCGCUCUCAAAUAAGCGCCACGUUUUUGGAGAAAAAAGUUAAUAAGCGCCGCGGCGCUAAUUCGCGUGAAUUCGGUACAUUUCGUUAUGCACUGUGAAACUUAACGUUUACGAAUAAAUUGCUUGUAAAGUAAUGUAAACGGCAAAGUAACAGUAUUUUUCUAAAAAAAAGCAAUAUUUAAGCAAUAGAAAACUUUUUCCCUGUGUUUGAAUAGCCUGAUAUAAACACUCGAGGGGUUGGGAGAAUUCGAGACAGUUAUGCAAACCUGAGACGACGUGCAUAAGGAAAUGUACCGAAUUUACGCGAAUUAGCGCCGCGGCGCUUAUUAACUUUUUGUCCAAAAACGCGGCGCUUAUUUGAGAUCGGAGCUUAAUACCAUAGCAAUACCGCUUACUAAUGUAUUUACUCGAAUAAGCGCCGCGGCGCUAAUUAACUCCACCACCCACCUAAAUGCGGCGCUUAUUUGAGGGCGGGGCUUAUUCGAGUAAUUACUGUAAUUGGCAGCUUAAGAGUUUAUUACAUUUAGGACUUUAUUACAUUUAGGACAAAAUUUUAUUAUAUUUAGGACUUUAUUACAUUUAGGACCGUUUAUUACAUUUAGGCCUUCUAUGCUUUGCCUUUUAUCGUUUGGAAUAAUACCGCAAGCAUUGAAGAAUUAUAAUUAGUCUUCAAAUGCCGCCCUACGCCCAUUUUCUGCCUCUUUUGGUUAUAUUCCGUUGAUCGAAUUUACAUUUUAUUUCAAAACGUAAGUAAAAUAAGUUAUACAGAUGAUAUUUUAUUAAUAUUAUUAUUUUUUAGGGUUACCUAAUAAUUGUCUUAUUUUUUUGUUAUUAUUAUUUUUUGUACCGAUAUCUCGCUCAAUACUGUUCAAUACUAUGCCUUUCUUUUUAAAGCGUGUGAUGCCAACCCAUGUCUCAAUGGAGGAACCUGCCGUGAAGAGGAAAGUGGACAAGGGUACACUUGUGAAUGUAGUAGUGGCUGGAAGGGACAAAGAUGCGAAGAAGAGUCGGUUGCAGGUGUUCACUUUAUUUUGAAACGUUUGGGAAUGUAAAUGUAUGACGUGUAAGAAACAGAUUCCUAAAACCUGCAGCAAUUAAUCUCCACAGACAUCACUCUAAAUUAGUUUUUUUUCAAACUAUCAUGCGUGAGUGGUGAGUUCCUUUUAUUUUCGGAGAAGACGUUAACUGGUCUUUUUUAAACAGCAUUACAAGUCCUAAUCAGGGUUACAUAAUCUGAUAAAUGGGCGCAAAAUUUAAUUUAGUUUAUGUUUUAAAUAAACCACUUGGUUCCUAAAUAUCUUAAAAUAGGGUAGAGGACAAUUGGAAAGAGUUAGUUGCAAGGUCUUUAAAAGACUAGAAAAGAAAUGGAAAUGAUGAUAGCAGAUAAAUAUGCAAAUUACAAAUAUUCUGAUGCUCUCUCAGAGUAGAGCGAAAACGGAAGGAACUUUCAAAGCGUGUACUUGAAUCUACUGAGAUUUAUUCUUGGUGGAAGUGUUGUGAUUUUCCCACACAGCAGGAAUGUUUGGAUGGAAGAUUUUCCUUUAGAUGUUUCAUAACAAAGUUUGAAGAUUGGCAAAGUCUUUAAGUGCGUUGUAUGGAAUCUUAAUGUCCGUCGCGUAGAAUUCCCGGUCCAUUGAGGUCAACAAAAAAUUUCCCGUCAAGGUGGGGGUUAGUAUUUUGCUGUUUUUAUCCGUGACACUUUAAAUGAAACAUACAUGAGGUAAAAACAACAAAACGGUCAAGGAGAACUAAAAACAAGUUUGCAAAAAUAAAAAAGACGGCGGCCGAAAUGCGGAAAAUUUUUUUUUGGCUUUCAAAGACGUUUUCUGGAAGUUUUCUUCGCGCUGGCUACCCCUCACGGGUUUAGGUCAAAUUCAAAGGAAAACAAAAAACCCAGUUUUUAUCACAUUCUUUGGUUUAAAAGACUGUGGUGGUUUUAAAGGCAGACGAGAGAUGUCACGAUAUCAGGUGGUAGCGUUCGCGAUUUCUGCAAACUUUGGUUGUAAUCUUUCCGCGAAAGUCUACGCAAGUGAAAAUCCAUACAAAAGUGGCGAUUUUUUGGUUGGUUUUUAGAGCGAAAAACUCAGUGAAAUCCGAUAAACUGGCAUUAAUCGAAGGUGAGAUCUUGAAUUUGAUGUUUUUUGAUAUUAAUAUUCCGGAGGUACCCAUUGAGAUUUGGUUGCGAGUAACUCACAAUCACAGUCAAAAAACUCUCAAAGUCGCUUCAGUCGUAUUACUCGGCCAUAUUUUAAAGACCAACUCGUGGCUCGAAUGCGGCUUUAGCCUGUUAAAUUCCCGUAUGUGACAGGGCAUUCUACGCGAUGAGCUUGGCAACAUUUUUUUAGGAUUUGGUAGAGGAUGCCAAAAUGUACUUCUGCUUUAGCGUCCGUGUAUUAGACGGAAUUUUCUACCCUGUCGCGGUAGGUUUCCUAAAAAUAACAAUUCAACGUAUCAGACUUAGAACACACUUACUGUGGACAAAUGAUCGGUCGCCAAGUUUCUUAUUGAUUUGUUUUAACUGUGUUUUUGCUGAAUUCCACAAGAGACUACGUGCAGGAGUUGGGACUGUCUGAUUAAUACAUAUAUAUGCAUUGCCCAUUUUUGUAGCAUGUAUCGCUGUAGGGGUAACGGACCCAAAGAAGAUACCAGAUUCCAGAAUGACGGCAAGCACAGUUUACAGUUCGGGUUAUCAACCGUAUUACGGAAGGGUGAAUACAACAAGGGGAACCCGAUGGUGUCCAAAGACCACUAGUGAUAGGACAGACUAUCUUCAAGUUGAUAUGGGUGCAGUGAAUACUGUUUGUGAAGUGGCCACGCAAACGUUAAACACUGGCGAGUAUACCAAAACGUAUUACGUACGAGUUUCAGUGGAUGGAGUAACCUGGAACAAGACGUACCAGGAGAACAAAGCAGAAAAGGUAAACUAAAACUUAGUUUUACCUUCUCCUUCCCAUAAGCUUACGUAGAAAAAAACCAUUCCCGACCUUUUUUGCCCUUUCAGAGGCAAGUUAGGAGAGCAAACCAUCUGGAUUUCUUACUAGGGAGCUUCGUUAACCAAGAGACCUUUCCCGUUACGUAACAUCAGUUUGAGGCAAAACAUGAAUAGUAAUCAAAAGAGAACCAUGAAACUUGACUUUUAUGGUAUCAGAGGUGUUGUUUUUAUUUACAUUGUAAUGGUGUUAUUACCCCAGACAUUUAGUCAUUGUCCUGUGGUAUGUUACAGGUGUCAGCUAAUUUACAGAAAAUUGACCAUAAAAGUUAAGUUAUUUAUAAAAAAAAAAAAAAAAAAAAAAAAAAAAAAUCACACGUUAACCCAGGAAACUUCUAAUGUAUACUAUUUCAAACUAAUGAGUAUAAAGCGCGUUACGUCAAUUUUCCUAAUUUGUUCUUCUCAUAUAAUAAUAAUAUUUCCAAUUGAGCGAACAUCCACUUAUAAAGUGACUUGCGCUAGUAGUUUACAUUUUGUAGUUUGAAUGCAUAGAAAGUCGUUUCUAUGGCUUUAGAAGUACACAGAUAAGGUCUGUAAUAAAACAUUCUUAAUGCAGAUUUCGCAUUUUCGUCCUGGUUUAUUCCAUAUCUUCUUCUUAUGCAUUUUCCUGUGUUGAAGCUUAAAGUUUUAUUUCACGCUUUGUUUUUUUCCGCGAUCUCGAGUCAACUUCAAUUGGUAAUAAAGUUUUAAUUCACUCUUUGUUCGACCUUGAGUCAACUUAAAUUGGUAAUUAAUAAAGUUUUGGCAAAAGACUAAGUAGGUUUCGCCAGUCUUUUAGUGGCUACACUGUGAAUGACUUUUUUUUUCACUUGCAGGUUUUCCAAGCAAGUACCGUUUUCAAAAGUGUCUUGCGACAGAAAAUCAGUCCAGUGGUGAAAGCGAGAUUUGUCAGAUUUUUUCCUAUUACAUAUCAUGGUUGGCCUUGUUUAACAGUUGAAAUAUAUGUCCUCACACGUAUGUUUCUUUCGUUGUAAAUAAAAACUUUUAUUUCCAAUAUUAACUUUUUGAAUUAACACUCAAAAGUGAUUUAAACUUUUGACUCAAGUACAAUAUAAAAUUUACGUAAAUUAAUACAAUGAUCAUAAUUAAUUAAAUUGUGCGUAAAAAAUGCAUGAAGAAGUGGCUUUAAGAAGAAUUUAGGUUAGAUUGUUGUGAGGUAAUUAUCACAUUUGUGUUCUUAAUCAUAUAGAAUCCUUAGGACUUUUAACAAAACAAAAAGCCAUGUUCUCAUCUUCCUUUGAUUAGUCGUUUCUAACCUUGGUAUAUCUUUGUAACACAUUCACUGAGCUGCUGUGCUUUGCCUUUUGUCAUUUGGAAAAGUACCGCAAUUAUUGAAGAAUUAUAAUUAGUGUUCAAAUGCCGCCCUACGCCCAUUUUCUGCCUCUUUUGGUUAUAUUGCGUUGAUCGAAUUUACAUUUUAUUUCAAAACGUAAGCAAAAUAAGUUAUAAAGAUGAUAUUUUAUUUAUAUUAUUAUUUUUUAGGGUUACCUAAUAAUUUUCUCAUUUUUUUUGUUAUUAUUUUUUGUACCGAUAUCUCGCUCAAUACUGUUCAAUACUAUGCCUUUCUUUUUAAAGCUUGUGAUAGCAACCCAUGUCUCAAUGGAGGAACCUGCCGUGAAGAGGAAAGUGGACAAGGGUACACUUGUGAAUGUAGUAGUGGCUGGAAGGGACAAAGAUGCCAAGAAGAGGCGGUUGCAGGUAUUCACUUUAUUUUGAAACGUUUGUGA